AUGUCUUCACCAAUUUUUAUGUUAAUCAACCUUUUAUUAGAUCCAGAUGUUUCAAAAAAAGUAGUUUUACAAAUGGCUUGGUCUCAAGUUAAAGCAAUUGGGAUUGGUAAAGUUAUUGCAGCAUUAUUAAGUGCUUUAACAGUUGGUGUCUCAUCUUUCAUAAGAAUCCCACAAAUUCGUAAAUUAUUAAUAAAAUCAGAUAAUGAAAGAAUUAAAGUUGCUAAUGGUUUAUCAUUAAAAUCUUUAUCAUUAGAAACUUUAAAUAAUUUAAUUCAUGUUACUUUUAAUUCUCAACAUAAUAUUCCAUUUAUUCAAUAUGGUGAAUCAUUAUUAUUAGGAAUUCAAAAUGUUAUUAUAAUUUUAUUAACUAAAUUUUAUAGAUUAAAAGAAAAAGGUGAUAUACCAAAUUUAAAAAAUUUAAGUUUUGAAGAUAAAUUAAAAAUUAUUGGAAAUUCAUUAAUUGAACCAAUUUCAAUAAUAAUUGCAUCCGUAAUUUUUUUCACAAAAUCAGCUCCAACAAGUUUAAUUUCAAUAUUAGAAAUUUUAAAUAUUCCAAUUUCAAUAAUUGCAAAAAUUCCUCAAAUUCAACAAAAUUAUAAAUUAAAAACUGUAAAACAUUUAAGUGAUGUUGUAUUAAAAGCAAAUGUUAUUGGAUCAGGUAUAAGAGUUUAUACUUCAUUAACUGAUUAUAAAACAAAAUCUUCAAAAAAUAAAACAACAAUUGAUGAACAAAUUUUAUUAGCUGGUUAUUCAACUUCUUUUAUUUUAAAUUCUAUUUUAUUAGGUCAAUCUAUAUUUUAUGAUAAAUUAGGUAAAAAAUCUGUUAGAGAUGAAAUUGAAAAAAAGGAAGAAGAAUUGAAAAAAAGAAGUAAAUAA